AUGGCGGGGGUGGGAGCCAGGGGGAGAAAGACUGGACUCCCGGGGUUCUGUUGGAAAACAUGCUAUUUCCACAUUCUCUUCUGGGUCGUGUCUGUUUGUGGAGAAGAGAGGACCUUCAUUGUUGAGACAUGGCUGAAGAACUAUGGCUAUCUGCUCCCUCAUGACAUCCGGACAUCGGACCUGCGAUCGGAGAAAGCCAUGCAGUCAGCGGUCGCUGCCAUGCAGCGGUUUUAUGGUAUUCCAGUGACGGGAGUGCUUGACCAAACCACCAUCGAGUGGAUGAGAAAACCUCGGUGUGGAGUUCCAGAUCACCCUCACAUCAGCCGACGGAGGAGAAAUAAACGCUACGCCCUCACUGGUCAGAAAUGGAGGGAGAAAAAGAUCACAUACAGCAUACAUAAUUUCACCCCCAAGGUGGGCGAGAAAGACACCCAGAGGGCCAUUCGCCAGGCCUUCGACGUCUGGCAGACAGUGACCCCGCUGACCUUUCAGGAAGUGGCCUACUCUGAGAUCAAGAACGAGGGUAAAGAAGCGGACAUCAUGAUCUUCUUUGCCUCUGGUUUCCAUGGUGACAGUUCUCCGUUUGAUGGAGAGGGAGGUUUUUUAGCUCACGCAUAUUUCCCUGGUCCCAACAGCAAUGACCUUUUCCUGGUGGCCGUACAUGAGUUGGGGCACGCAUUGGGUCUGGAACAUUCCAAUGACCCCAGUGCGAUCAUGGCGCCCUUCUACCAAUACAUGGACACACACAACUUCAAACUGCCUCUAGAUGACCUUCAGGGGAUCCAGAAAAUCUACGGUAUUCCCACAGCCAUGCUGGAGCCCACCCGACCUCUUCCUACUCUACCUGCCCGACGCACACACUCCACCUCUGAGAGGAAACACGAGCGGCAUCGCCCCGCUCGCCCACCCUCUGGAGAUCGGCCGUCCUCACCCGGUAAUGGAAAACCCAACAUCUGCGAUGGCAACUUCAACACUGUGGCCUUCUUUCGACGAGAGAUGUUUGUUUUUAAGGAUCGUUGGUUCUGGCGUUUGCGCAACAACAAAGUUCAGGAAGGCUAUCCCAUGUUGAUAGAGCAGUUCUGGAAGGGUUUGCCUCCUCGCAUUGACGCUGCUUACGAGAGAUCAGAUGGCAAAUUUGUGUUCUUCAAAGGGGAUAAAUACUGGGUCUUCAAGGAGGUUACAGCAGAACCUGGGUAUCCUCACAGCCUGGUAGAGUUGGGCAACUGUCUGCCCCACGAUGGCAUCGACACAGCCUUACGCUGGGAACCUGUGGGCAAAACCUACUUCUUCAAGGGCGACCAGUACUGGCGUUACAAUGAGGAGAAGCGUACGGCUGACCCAGGCUAUCCCAAACCCAUCAGUGUCUGGAAGGGCAUCCCUGAUGCCCCGCAAGGAGCCUUCAUCAGUCGAGAAGGAUUUUAUACCUACUUUUACAAGGGAAAGGACUACUGGAAGUUCGAUAACCAGAAGUUAACAGUGGAGCCAGGCUACCCAAAAUCAAUCCUCAAAGACUGGAUGGGCUGCGAUCAAUCGGAAGUAGAAAAGAACAAGGACCGUCACCUCCCUCACGAUGACGUCGACAUCAUGGUCGCCAUUAAUGACGUACCCAGCACUGUAAACGCAAUCGCUGUGGUCAUCCCGUGCAUCCUCUCACUGUGCAUUCUGGUCCUUGUAUAUACUAUCUUCCAGUUCAAGAACAAAAACGCCCAACAGCAAGUGACCUACUACAAACACCCCGUGCAGGAGUGGGUAUGACGGACUGGGGGGCGCGAUGGACCCCAAACGCUUGAGAACAAAAGUGAGGGCUACUAUGCUGAGGUUUGACCAGUGCCUGUUUUCUGAACUACCUUGUCGGAACGGGAACAAAUGACGAGGCAAGGGAGUAUCUUCUUCCUUCCCACUUGAGACAAGACUUAACAAAUAUUGCAAUUUUUUAGCAUGAGCCCAACGGACAAAUCAUCUGGGGAUUGAACGUUUGAAGUUGUGCCCUGGCGUUAUGCUAACCAGAUGAAGUCUUAACGGUCAGGAACCAUCACUCCAAUUUGACCGAGAAUUUCUCUUCUCCAGGAGAGUUAGAGGAACCGCAGAUUUGCGAAAUGCCAGCAAAUCCUUGUCUGGUUCACAACAUAAACUUGUACAUGAAUUUCAAGUAUUAUCAAAGAAAUGAAACGAGCAAAACAACAAGGAAUGACUUGAAAACCAUGUAGGUAGAAAGGCCAUAGAAAAGUCUUCUUGCAGUCUUUUUCAUUUACGGGGUAAAAGGUUCACCGCUGGCACUCCUGGGAGACUUCAACAUGUUUUUUAUUGGUGGAUAGGAGGCAUUUUCAAACUAAUUAGCUUCAUAACAUCAUUCGAAUGUUUGCAUUUUUCCCUUUCCUCACCUGCCUACCCAUUUCCACAGAGUAGGAAGAACGAUUUAUAAUAACUAGGGCAGUCUUAACACCUCCUCCCACUCGCUACUGUACUCUAUUCCUUUUCUUCUUUUGCUGUUUUAUCAGUCCGCAACAAAAGAGGACCUCUUUUUGAUGGCAUUAGGUCUUUAUAGGAGAGUAAUUUUGUGUCAUAAUAGGCACAAUUUGGUUCUUUGGAAUAAGGCCUGAUUUCUUCCAAUCUUUAUAUUAUAUUUUGCUUUUAUUAGUCAUAUUUCCAACCAUCUUGCACAGUCUCCUGUUACGACCUUACCUUUUCACCAAGUGUAAUAUUUGAAACACUGGUGCCAGGCAGGAACAUGAACAAUGAACACAUCUGAAUAUGAAAUAGCUUUGUUACCGUUGCCUACAGGAGAUGAUCUCUCAAAGGUUCAUCCGUCCUCUUCGAAUGAACGUAAUAUGCUGUAUGUCUUACGUUGCAGUGACUUCAAUUUCAUGUGUUCGGUGUGGAUCGUCUAACACUUAGCUCAAAAAUGUCUGUCGGGUGCUUUUAUUGGUUUGACUGUGCUAUUUAACGGUGAAGUGUGUCUGACUGUACCAUAUUAACACAUCUCUUUGUGCUCA